AACAAAAUUGAAAAUUGAAGAUUUAAAAGAACAAUUUUAAAAAAUACUGUGAUCGAGUUCAAAGAAUGAUGGGAGAAACUUAAAAAGGGUUGCACUGAGAAACAGGCCCCCUGGAGGGCUGCCUCUGGAUUCCAAUUGCCAUCCUGCCAGGAAGCCACAUGCAGCCAAAGAUGUAUUUGGGUAAAGUAGCGGCUUGCUACUUUAGCCAUGGAAAGAUGGGGCCAAGGUGAGAUGGAAGCCAUCCCUGCUCAUUCUCAUCCCCAUAUUAAGUGGCUGAAAGCCUACCGUGAACUUCUGGUCACUCACAUCCGCAACACUCAGUGUCUACUGGACAACUUGUUGAAGAAUGACUACUUCUCGGCUGAGGAUGCGGAGAUUGUGUGCGCCUGCCCCACACAGCCCGACAAGGUUCGCAAAAUUCUGGACCUGGUACAGAGCAAGGGCGAGGAAGUAUCUGAGUUCUUCAUCUACGUCCUCCAGCAACUCGAGGAUGCUUACGUGGACCUCAGGCCUUGGCUGCUGGAGAUUGGCUUCUCCCCUUCCCAGCUUAUUCAGAGUAAAACUGUUGUCAACACAGAUCCAGUGAGCAGGUACACCCAGAAGCUGCGACACCAACUGGGCCGGGACUCCAAGUUCAUCCUCUGCUAUGCACAGAAGGAGGAGCUGCUGCUGGAGGAGAUGUACAUGGACACCAUUGUAGAGCUGGUCAGCUUCAGCAAUGAGAGCCUGGGCUGCCUGGACAGUCCGGCCUGCCUCCUGGACCACAACGCGGGCGUUCUCAAUGAGCAGGGUGAGACCAUCUUCGUCUUUGGUGAUGCGGGCGUGGGCAAGUCCAUGCUGCUGCAACGGCUGCAGGGCCUGUGGGCAGCAAGCCGGCUGGACACAGGGCUCAAAUUCUUCUUCCACUUCCGCUGCCGCAUGUUCAGCUGCUUCAAGGACAGCGAUGUGCUGUGUCUGCAGGACUUGCUCUUCAAGCACAACUGCUACCCGGAGCAAGACCCUGAGGAGGUGUUUGCUUUCCUGCUGCGCUUUCCCCACACAGCCCUCUUCACUUUUGAUGGCCUGGACGAGCUCCACUCAGAUUUUGACCUAAGCAGUGUGCCUGACUCCUGCUCCCCCUGGGAUCCCGUGCACCCGCUGGCCCUGCUGGCCAACUUGUUGAGCGGGAAGCUGCUCAAGGGGGCGAGCAAAGUGCUUACAGCCCGCACGGGCUUUGAGAUCCCACGCCAGCUCCUUCGGAAGAAGGUGCACCUGCGAGGCUUCUCUCCCAGCCACGUGAGGGCGUACACAAGGAAGAUGUUCCCUGAUCGGGCCCUGCAGAACCGCCUGCUGGACCAGUUGGAGGCCAACCCCAACCUCUUCAGCCUGUGCGCUGUGCCCCUCUUUGGCUGGAUCAUCUUGCGAUGCUUCCAGCACUUCCACAGUACCUUCGAGAGCUCCCCGCAGCUGCCUGACUGCACCAUGACACUCACCGACAUCUUCCUGCUGGUUACAGAGGUUCACCUGAACAGGACACAGCCCACCAGCCUGGUGCAGCGGAACACCCGGAGCCAGACGGAGACCUUCCGCGCUGGCCGGGCCACUCUGCACUCGCUGGGGCGUGUGGCCCACUGGGGCAUGCAGAAGAACCUCUUUGUCUUCAGCCAGGAGGAGGUGCAGGCCUCUGAGAUCCAGGAGAAGGACCUGCAGCUCGGUUUCCUGCGGGCUGUGCCAGAGGUGGGUCUCGCACAGGACCAGCCAUCCUAUGAGUUUUUCCAUAUCACUGUCCAGGCCUUCUUGGCUGCCUUUUUCCUCGUGGUGGACAACAAGGUGGGCACCCAGGAGCUGCUCAAGUUCUUCCAGGAGUGGGUACCCGUUGGGGAGACAGCAGUGGUAUCCUGCUAUCCCCCGCUCCAGUGCCUGGGGAGCAGUGGACUGGUGAGGGAAGAUCUCUUCAAGAAAAAGGAUCACUUUCAGUUCACCAACCUCUUCCUGUGUGGGCUUUUGUCCAAAGCCAAAAGGAAACUCCUGCAGCACCUGGUGCCUGCUGCAAUUCUGAGGAGGAAACGCAAGGCCUUGUGGGCACACCUGUUCGUCAGCCUGCGGUCCUACCUGAGGAACCUGCCCCGAGUCCGGUCCGGGGGCUUCAACCAGGUGCAGGCCAUGCCCACCUUCAUCUGGAUGGCGCGCUGCAUCUAUGAGACUCAGAGCGAGAAAGUGGGGCAGCUGGCGGCCAGGGGCAUCUGUGCCAACUACCUCAAACUGACCUACUGCAACGCCUACUCGGCCGACUGCAGUGCCCUCUCCUUCCUUCUCCACCACUUUCGCAAGCAGCUGGCCCUCGACCUGGACAACAACAAUCUCAACGACUAUGGCGUGCGGGAACUGCAGCCCUGCUUCAGCCGCCUCACUGUCAUCAGACUCAGCGUAAACCAGAUCACUGACAGUGGGGUAAAGGUGCUCUAUGAAGAACUGACCAAAUACAAAAUUCUAACAUUCCUUGGCUUAUACAGCAACCAGAUCACUGAUGUUGGUGCAGGAUAUGUAGCCAGAAUCCUGGAUGAAUGCAAAAGCCUCAUGCACCUCAAACUGGGAGCAAACAAAAUAACCAGUGAAGGUGGGAAGAGUCUCGCCCUGGCUGUGAAGAACAGCAAAUCCAUCUGUGAUAUCGGGAUGUGGGGCAACAGAAUCGGUGAUGAAGGAGCCAAGGCCUUUGCAGAGGCUCUGAGGAAUCACCCCAGCCUGACUGAACUGAGUCUUGCAUUCAACGGCAUCUCUACAGAAGGAGGAAAGAGCCUUGCACAAGCCUUGCAGCAGAACACAACUCUAAGAAUAUUCUGGCUUACCAAGAAUGAACUCAAUGAUGAAGCAGCAGAGAGCAUGGCAGAAAUGUUGAAAGUUAACCAGACAUUGAAAGAAUUAUGGCUGAUCCAGAACCAAAUCACAGUCAAGGGGGUUGCCCAACUGGCAGAUGCCCUACAGAAAAACACUGGCAUAAAGGAGAUUUGCCUAAAUGGAAACUUGGUAAAACCAGAAGAGGUCAAAAUCUUUGAAGACGAGAGGAGGAUUGUCUUUUUCUGAGCACUUUCCUGUGUGUGGGACUCUGCCUGGCAGCCAUCUCGGGGAGACACAGCUGCCUAGUGUUGAGUGUCUGGCCGUGUCUGUGGAGCUGGGGUCGCCCCAAGUGCACUGUCUGUGUGAGGCAAAGCAGCCUCCCUGAGGACACUCUGACCGACAAACUUCAAGUAGCUGUUAGAAUUUUUCAGGAAAAAUGCCCAGGAGUGUGUCUUGUGAGCCAUUUAAACUACUGUAAAUAUAUUGUGGCGAUAUGUUGUUCGUGAUUUUUUUUUUUUUUUUUUUUACAAAUAUAUGACUUUAUCAAAAAGGAGAGGGUAAGACUUUCAGCUCAUGCCAACACCUGCUCUAAGGAUCACUGUGUGGGGGUUAGUCACUGCAGUCUCCAGUGAAGUGCUGAGGACAUGGUGCCAAGCUAGUGCCCAGGCUUCCUCAAGGAGAAGGAACCCAAUGAACAAAUGUCUUACCUGAAACAUUCUCUUCCUCCUCAGUACCUGCUCAUGUGUUCACAUAAUUUCCAUUUCACUGUAGAUACCAAGUUGUUUACAGUGUGAUGAUUUGGCUCAGUCUAGACUUUUGUAGCAAGCUGGUGCCAAGAAAGGUUUUUAUUUUAGCCCACACUUGCAGAUAAAGUUCACUUGAUGCUCGCCUGGCAGGUCUAAAAGAAAGGACAAUCAUUUCAACAUGGUGAAAGUCUUUCACAUUAGGCUGACCUCCUCUGGAAGACAAAUACUAGGGGCAAAAGUGUUCUGCCCCAGGAGACAAAUCAAGGCCUGUUCUCUAAAAGGAGUAAGGCAAGCUUGCCUUUGUUGUCCUGGCAUCCCAACAACUGCUCCUCUCUUUUCUCCUCCUCUUUAGGAAGGACAGACUCUCCCUGCCCCCUGACUAGUGGAGAGGAUGACUGAGUUGCAGUCAAGACUCAGGUUGUUUCUGAGAAGCAGAAUAGCUUGUCAGACAACUACAGACAUCGUGGACACUAAAUGGGGUGGUGAUAAUAGCAAGUAAUUUGUUC